UUUCUAUUUGCUGUAUAUCUAAUACUGGCAACCUGGUGUGCUGUUUUUUUGUAUUCUGCUCACCUGUUGCAAUAUUAUCUGCUAUCCCUUAGGUCUAAUGCUCUGCCUCCACUGGACUGGCCGCUACCAUCCCAGUUUGACCAGUUCGAGCUGCGCAUUGAGGUGCAGCCCCGCCCACACCAUCGAGCUCACUAUGAGACGGAGGGCAGCAGAGGUGCCGUCAAAGCAGCACCGACAGGACAUCCCGUUGUCAAGCUGUGUGGAUAUACAGAGAGGAAGCCACUGUCGCUGCAGGUCUUCGUCGGAACAGCUGACGACCGCUCAAUCAGGCCACACCCUUUUUAUCAGAUACACAGGGUCACUGGGAAGAUGGUCGGUACUGCCAGCCAUGAAAGCGUCCAGGCAGGGACCAAACUCCUGGACAUCCCUCUCAAUCCAGAAAACAACAUGACUGCAAUCAUUGACUGUGCUGGGAUUCUGAAGCUGAGGAACUCUGACAUCGAGUUGAGGAAAGGUGAAACGGACGUCGGGAGGAAAAAUACUCGCGUCCGUCUGGUGUUUCGUACUCACCUCCCUGUAGUGCCCCCUGUGGCUCCACCUGGACGAGUCUUGGCCCUGCAGGUCGCCUCUUUACCCAUUGAAUGCUCUCAGCGGUCAGCCCAGGAGCUGCCUGUCAUCGAGUCAGUCAGCCUUACUUCCUGCUCUGUGGAGGGAGGCGAAGAGAUGCUGCUGAGUGGCACCAACUUCCUGCCCAUCUCCAGAGUCCUCUUCAUGGAGAGAGGGUCCGAUGGUAAACUACAGUGGGAGGAGGAGGCACAUGUCAACCGCGACAACAGCAAUGAGUGUCUGCUGUGUGUGCGGGUUCCUGCCUACAGCGACCUCUCUGUCAGCCGGCCUGUCUCUGUCAGUCUGUACGUCUCCAACGGGAAGAGGAAGCGAAGCUGCACUCACUGCUUCAAGUAUCUGCCUGUGAUGUUUAAAGAGGAAGAUCCGUUACUUUCCCGACCCUCUGUGACACCCCUGGACGGGGUCUGUCCAGUUGGAGGGCCUCCCAGAAUGGACAGAGGUUUCCCCGUUUCUGAUGACCGGGGUCUCAGCUUCCAACUGCCCCCCUACCUGUCAGCCUACUCCCCUCCAUGCCAAGUCGUGAGUUACCAUGAAGAGUUCUGCUCCAAACCAGACAGCGCUGUGGAGGAGCCAGGCGGGUCUAGAGGCACCCUGUCCGAACGUCACCCCAGUUUUGAGAACCUGGAGUUAGGCUUCACUGAACUGCUCCCUCCUCUUUAUUCCCGCGGUCCACAGCCUCCUUCCCCGUCUCCUUCCCCGUGGCUGGACUCUCCCUACCUCUCCUCUUCCCCCUCUCCAUCUCACUCCUCCUCUCUCAGUCCUUUCCCCACUGAAAGCCCCCUUGCAAACUCCCCUCUGCCGCCGAUCCCCACCUCGCCUUUCCCACAGUACUCUGCCUAUCCUCAGGAGAUGUGCCCCUCCCCACCCUCCAACCCUUACCAGGACACCUGUCCAGCACCUUACUCCCACUAUGAGGGCUGGGAACCUCAGGGAAGGAUGUUUGGUAUCCGACAUGAGGGCGAAGGAGACGCCAAGAACCAGGAGUGUCCUUUGGAGUUUACCAGCUCUGCCUCUAUGCACCACAUUACCUUUGAAGAAGUGUCAGAGUUCAUCGGAGAGGACAUCCAGGCCUACCAGUCCAUGAACAACCAGUCCAACUGAUCUCAGCACAGCUCAUGAUGGACCCUGGGAGACAUUGAAACAUGCUUUUUAAAUUCCCUUUGCAGUCGGUGUUCAGAUGGGUUACUGCAGUAGCACAUAACUGACAGGAGGAUCUGUUAGGAGAUGUAUGCAGUCCUUUUUUAACCACUGUUUAUUGAAGGGAACUCAUGUUUUAAGAUAUCUGCCAAAAUAAAUUAUAUAA